AUGAUAUCCGAUGUUAUGACGACGGGAAUUGGAGCACCAGAAGACGACGUCAAUGGGGAGGUGGUUGUGAAACUUACGAUAGUUGUAUUAGUAUAUGCUCCACCAGAUGACAAAAAGCUUGAUCUCCGAUGGUUGUUAGCACAUACAAUUGAGAACUUGUCCAGUCAGAAUCUCUAUGAUCCCAAGUCCUUGAAUUCCAAUGGAAACCCAUCAGAAUACUCAUUUCAAUCUGAAUUUGCAACCAUUCUCAGGCAUUUGUUCCAAUUGGCAUAUCCACUAUUGGGAUACAAAACUAUAGUGGAGGUUAAGGAAUAUGAUGAAAAAGGUAAACGUACUCAACGAUUACAUAUUCUUAUUUGCAAUGGCUCACCUUACCUUCACAUGGCUUUGAGCUUGUGGUUGCAGCAAGUGAAAGUAACUUUAAGCACCACUGUGAAAGACUGUUGA